AUGGCGUUUGUGAUCCCGCUAGUGAAAAAUGACAUGGACAUCUACAAGUCUAACAAGUCAAGAAAAAUCUCGGAGUCUAGUUCGGUAGCUUCCACAGCGUCAGCACGGUCAAGGAAAAUAUCGGAAUGCAGGUCGGAUUGUUCAGGGCCCUCGAAUGGACAACGGGCGUUCCCUAAAUAUCACUCUGUGCCGGAUAGGAUGUCAUCAGCAGCGAACUUCAGGGUUAGAACUAGCUCGUACAGCACUAAUAAUAGAACCAAGGCUGCUCCAGUGGAUAAGACUGAUAUGAAGACUGAUUUGAAGAGGUCGCAAAGUUGGCUGAAUAAGUUGAAAAGGUUUAUGAAAUCGAAAAGUGACGACGAAAGAACUAAAUCUUAA